ACCAGUGAAGCAUCAUUUUUCCUAACCCCCUGCGAGGCGACGGUGCAGAGGUGCCACCGGGGUCGCAGGAAUUAUCCAGGCUGCCUGUGCUACUAGAUGAAUGGAAAACUGAUUUAAACGAAUUGCCAACAAGGGAUUGUCUUUGGUUUGUGUACUUCAUAGCGUCCCUCAAUUUCCUCUCAUAUCUCCUCUUACUGUAAAAACUGCAUUUGAAUUUAAAAAAAUGAAGCAGUUGAAAAGAAAAAGGAAAAGCAAUUUCAGUGUUCAAGAAACUCAGACCCUUUUGAAAGAAAUUACAAAAAGGAAAGAAGUUAUUUUUUCCAAGCAGCUUAAUACGACAAUUAAUGUGAUGAAACGAAUGGCCUGGGAGGAGAUUGCACAGUGUGUGAAUGCUGUUGGGGAGGGAGAACAGAGGACAGGGACGGAGGUGAAGAGAAGAUAUCUCGACUGGCGAGCACUUAUGAAGAGGAAGAGGAUGAAGGCAAACAUUAAGCUGGUUGGUUCGGGAUUUCCCCUUCCCACAUCCGAUUUAGAUGACUCUCUCACUGAGGAGAUAGAUGAAAAGAUUGGAUUCCGAAAUGAUACAAAUUUUGACUGGCAAAAUGUGGCAGAUUUCAGAGAUGCAGGUGGAUCCUUAACUGAAGUCAAAGUGGAAGAAGAAGAAAGAGACCCCCAGAGUCCUGAGUUUGAGAUUGAAGAGGAAGAAGAAAUGCUGUCGUCGGUCAUACCCGAUUCCAGAAGGGAAAAUGAACUUCCAGAUUUCCCUCACAUUGAUGAGUUUUUCACUCUUAACUCAACGCCGUCGAGGUCUGCGUAUGAUGAGCCCCAUUUGCUUGUAAACAUAGAGAAACAGAAACUAGAGUUGGAGAAGCGACGCCUGGAUAUAGAGGCCGAGAGACUGCAAGUAGAAAAGGAGCGCCUCCAGAUCGAGAAGGAGAGGCUGCGGCACCUCGACCUGGAGCAUGAGCGGCUGCAGCUGGAGAAGGAGCGGCUGCAGAUCGAGAGAGAGAAGCUGCGCCUGCAGAUAGUCAGCUCAGAGAAACCGUCUUUGGAAAGCGAACUCGGUCCAGGAGAGAAGUCCAUACUUCAGCCGCAGGACGUAGAAACAGAGAAGUUAAAACUUGAACGAGAACGAUUGCAGCUGGAAAAAGAUAGGCUGCAGUUCUUGAAAUUUGAGUCGGAGAAGCUACAGAUCGAAAAGGAACGGUUGCAAGUAGAGAAAGAGAGACUUCGAAUUCAGAAGGAAGGACACCUGCAGUGACUUAGCUAGGCCUCCAUGUAGUAAAUGUAAACCAUAGGCUUUCUCUAUAUCAGGUAAUAGUAAAAAUGUUUUCAGGAUUAGCAGUUUUUUCCUGUCUAAUGUCAGUGUUUUCAGUAGGAAAAAGGUAGUUCUAUGUGGAUAACUGUAUGCUUAAAUAGUAUAUAAAAACAUGUCCCCUAGCAUAAACAGUAUAGCCGAAACUGUUGUGCUGUACUCUUUAAACUAGUAAUGUUACAUAGAGUGUCGUAUAAUCUGUGCACCCAGGCUUUACAACUAUGUCUUUGUAAAGUCAGUUCAGUGUUUUGGGGGUGAUUUUGGCACCCAGAAGAAAUUGGGCAAUGUCUGGAGACAUUUUUAGUUGUCAAAACUGGGAAGUGGGGGAGUUGCUACUAGCAUGUAGUGGGUAGAGGCCAAGGAUGGUCACACCAGCAAUGCACAGAAGAGCGACGCACAAUAAAGAUUUACCCAACUCCAAAUGUCAAUAUUGCUGAGGUUGAGAAACCCCAUCCUGACCUGACUCUGCACCUCUGUAGCUUUGCUUUAUAGUGUCCAAAUACUAAAAACCCAGAUGUUUAUAUGGGUAGUUACCUAAGUGGCCAAAAACUUUACCUCUGAAAUAUUACUGUGCAGCGUAUUCAAUAUAGGGAAUGGUGAAUUAUAGCUAUUCUAUUCUCACAUUUUCCAUCUAUAAGUAAACAGAUUCAGAAAACUACAGAAGUAGCUCAGAUUGUCUAAAAUGGGUCACUCAGAAAGCAGUUCAUUCAUCUAGCUAUUGAUGGCUUCAGAAGCAACCUAAAAUUUUUGAGCUUUAAUUCUUUCUUUGAAUACAUUGUCUUAGAUUAGAUACAAAAAUUGUCAUUUCAACCAUUUACUGAAUCUUAUGUGAGUGGUUGAAGCUAGCGAAAAUGAUACCAGUAUAAAAAUGUUACCAGUAGUCUAUGAACAUGAACACAGUGAGUGAUUAUUUGAUUUUUUUAAAUAAAUAAUAGCUAUGUAGGGGGUGGGGGUGGGGGUGAAUGUCCUCUGUGUCAGAUGAUGAUGAUGAUGCAAUAAUGAUAGGAACUGUGUGUUAGGAGUUAGGAAGCACUUAUCACAUAUUAUCUGACCUAAUCUGUAGAACAGUCUUUGAAAGUCGUAUCUAUUGUUCCUGAACCCCGGGGCUUAGAGAAGUCACACAGUUAGUAAAUGGCUGGUCUCAUAUACAUCUUGGUGUAUUUUUUCUUUGCCCCUCCUGAGGAACAAAGUGUGUGUCUUUAGUCCCUUUGGUAUUUGCUCUGAAACCAAGGACUUUCUUAACUUGGUGAUUUGCCUUCAGUCCCCUAAAGGUGCUUUUUCCACCAUCCAGGUGAUUCGAAUGCAUCCUAAGAUUGAGAGUUGUGCACAAAGAUCACUUUGUAUUUUCUGGUUUUCAGGGCUGAUAUGUAGCUUUAAUACAUCUCUUCUACUGACCGAUGCUACCUUGAUUCUGCAUUUGUUCCCUUUUAAUUUAAGAAUGUCUUAAAUCCAUAUGUGAUACUUGAGUAUGAAUAUACAAGGAAAAAUAGACUUCUGUUUAGUUACCUUGACUUCAAAAAGUGUUAUUUUUCUAUAACUGAAAUAAAUGCUUCUACUGUAGAAAUAAAAUUGGCCUAUACUAACUGAAACUCUAUCAUUUCAAGUGAUUUGCAUUUAAACCAUUUCAAGGCUGUGAGGGUUGAGUUGUCAAGUGUGCAAGAGAUCCCUGCCCUUGGUGAGUUGAGGCAGGGGGCCUGAGUUUUGUAUUGUACACUAUGCUAUGUGCUUUACAUACAUUACUUUAUUUGUUCCUCAAAAUUACCGUGAAACCAGUCAUGCUAUGCAUAAUUUUAUAAAAAGAAUAUAGUGCCCCUCUGAUUGCUCUAAAGGCCUGCAUAAAACAUACUAAUACUAACCCAAGAUUUUGGCAUAAGAGCUCUGAAGAGGAAUAGUGAAAGUUUCUAGUUAAAAGCAUUGUGGCUUUGCCACUUACUA